UUCAUUCACCAACCUCACACCCAUAGAACGUUCUCUUUCAAAAAACAAACACCAUGCAAGAAGCUUUUUUACAUCUAUAUUCUCCUAUUCUCUCUCUUCUCCUUCUCUUCUCCGCUCUUCUCUGUGUUUUGAUCUUCUUAUGCUUUGAAUGGGUGAGGGGCAUGCCCAAACGGCUCCCACCCGGUUCCAUGGGGUGGCCUUAUAUUGGAGAGACACUCAAGCUCUACACUCAAAAUCCAAACACCUUCUUCUCAAACCAUAUAAAAUGGUAUGGAGCUAUAUUCAAGACACAUAUAUUGGGCUGUCCUUCCAUAAUGAUUUCGAGCCCAGAAGCAGUGAAGUUUGUGUUAGUGAGUCACGCCCACUUGUUCAAGCCCACAUUCCCUUCCAGCAAAGAGAUGAUGAUAGGACCACAGGCUGUGUUCUUCCAUCAAGGUCCAUACCAUUCAAAGCUAAAGAAGAUGAUUCAGUCCACCUUCCUCCCUUCUUCAAUACAGGGAAAUAUCUCCGAGAUUGAGCGCCUUGUUCUCAAAUUGCUACUUCCUUGGGAGAACAACAUCAUCAACACUCUCAAAGAGAUGAAACGGUUCGCCUUCGAAGUCGCAAUGUUCUCUAUCUUUGGACAUAAUAGAGAUUUUGAAACAGAAGGAAUCAAGGAGUUGUAUCAUCGCAUAGAGAAAGGCUACAAUUCAAUGCCCUUCAAACUACCAGGAACUUCAUUUCACAAAGCAAUGAAGGCAAGGAAGGCUCUACAUGAAAUAUUGAAGAGGAUGAUAGAGAAGAGGAGGGAAGAAAAGAAAGAUGGUGGAGGUCUAUUAGGAGUCUUGUUGGGGUCUAAAGAUCAGAAAGCUCUUCAUCUAAGUGACUCUCAGAUUGCUGAUAAUAUAAUUGGAGUGAUUUUUGCAGCUCAUGACACCACUGGAAGUGUUCUCACAUGGGUUUUGAAAUAUCUGAGUGAUCAUCAAAAUCUCCUUGAAUCUGUUAUUAGAGAACAAGAAGACAUUCGACUUGGAAUUCUAAACGAAGGCCGUUCGCUGACGUGGCAAGAUACGAGAAAAAUGACUAUGACUAGCCGGGUGAUACAAGAGACGUUGAGGGCAGCGAGCGUGCUUUCGUUCACUUUUAGAGAAGCGGUCGAAGACGUAGAGUUCCAAGGCUACUUCAUUCCUAGAGGUUGGAAGGUUCUUCCUCUCUUCAGAACCAUCCAUCAUUGUGCUGACUUCUUCCCUCAACCAGAGAAGUUCGAUCCUUCCAGAUUUGAGGUGCCACCAAGACCAAACACGUAUCUGCCAUUCGGCAACGGUGUGCACUCCUGUCCAGGGAGUAAGCUGGCCAAGCUCGAGAUGCUCGUCCUACUCCACCACCUCACCACCAUGUUCAGGUGGGAAGUAGUGGGGAACGACAAUGGAAUAAAAUAUGGACCGUUUCCGGUUCCGAAAAGAGGACUGCCCAUAAGGGUCACCCCAAGGAUACAUCAAACCAAGGAUCUAAGGGUUCAAGCCACGUGUCGCUAA